AUGGGUAAGAAACUGCAGAAUUUGCAGAUGAAGCAAAACAACCUUCGCAAUCGCAUGGCUCAGUCAGUAUCAGAUCUGGAAGGGCUCGGCGCAGCGAACAUUACGCUGGCAGCCGCCGAGACAUGCAUCGGUCUUCUGGAUGGAUUUUGGGCGAAAUUUGAGGCUCAGCAUGAGCUCAUCAUAGAGCAUCUUGAAGAUGCAUUCGAGGAGAGCGAAUACAACUCGACCAGAGUCGAUAACUCAGCGAGAGUGACGUACAUCACGCAACGAAGUCUCCUUCUCGACUAUGUUCGGAAACUCAAGACGAAGGAACCGAGCUCAGCUUCCAAAACAGAAGCAAUCGAGAAAUUUCAUUACCUGAAAACUUGUCUGGAGGGUCCUGCUGAGGAACUGAUUCGACCGUUAGCGGUGACCAGAGACAACUAUUCACGUGCAUGGGAGCUGCUGAGCGAACAGUACGAAAAUAAGAGAGAGUUAUCACGCUCCAAUUUCUUCAAGUUUACCGCCGUGGCUAAGAUGAAGAGCGAAACUGAGGAGGAGCUCAACCGCAUCUUCAAUGUCGUGACCAGGGUAGUCAACGACCAGGAGAGCAUCGAUAGGCCUAUCGGCUCUCAUGGCUUCGAUCUACUAAAUCAUCUUGUCGUCGAGCUUUUCGAUCCAAGAACUCGCCUGGAGUCACUCUCAAGCGCCUCGAGCGACAUGCCCACUCAUAAAGAGCUGAUGAACUUCAUAAACAAAAGGGCACGUACUCUCAAAGCCGCCAAAGCAAAAUCGCUCAAGGUCUCCGACAACCCGUCGCGAUCUGCCAAGUCGCAUCACGUCAAGAAACACACCGAAUCUUCACAAUGCGUCCUAUGCAAGGGUAUGCACCAUGUGAUGGUGUGCGAAGAAUUCAAGAAGAAAUCCGCUGUCGACCGCAAGGCCGUCGCCAAAACUCACAGGCUGUGCUUCAACUGCCUCGGCUCUCAUACAUUCGCGAAGUGCCAGUCGACGAGGACGUGUUCCACGUGCAAAGACGUACGAUUCGGCGAUCUCUACCGCGCCUUCCUGAAGGAAUACGAGGACCAAGGUCACAUGGAAUUGGCGCAAGAAUCUCCGAAUUCUAGCGAAGAUCGGUGCUACCUUCCGCAUCACAGCGUCCUUCGAGAAUCCAGCACCACUACGAAGCUCAAGGUCGUCUUCAACGGAUCGCAGCGUACAAAGUCCGUGAUCUUGUGGUCAGACUCCAAGGUCACGCUCCACUGGAUUCGAGGUCACGCCUCCCGCUGGAAGACAUACGUGGCCAACAGAGUGUCACGAAUCCAGCAGCAACUUCCGGAGGCUCAAUGGCGUCCAGUCCCGGGCAACCCCGCCGACUGUGCCUCCCGGGGACUGACACCACGCGAGCUCCUCAGCCAUCCCUUGUGGUGGACGGGUCCUGCAUGGUUAUGCGGGAAUCCGACGCAAUGGCCAAGCGUCGAUCAGGAGCCCAUCAAGGACGUACCGGAGCAAUGUGCCACCACGCUCGCAGCAGUCAUCAGAAGCAACCACGAGCCGGAAGAACUCCUCAGGUUCUCUUCAUUACACCAAUUGCUGAGAGUGACUUCCUGGUGCUUGCGUUGGCGUCACCGCAGUCGCUCAAUCAGAUCUGUGGACAAUCAGCUCCACGGGUUAGCGCUUCUCCCAGCCGAACUCGACGCAGUACUCCUUCAAUGGAUUCGCGUAGUGCAGUCACGGUAUUAUCAGGAGGAGAUGACUGCUAUCGAAAACAAACGCGGUCUUGCAAGAUCCAGCCAUCUGCGAACCCUCAGCCCGUACAUGAACGAACACGGAGUCCUGCGAGUCGGAGGACGCCUUAAGCACGCAGCGCUGUCUUUCGACGAGCGACAUCCUCUCAUCGUGCCUCCACGGUCAUGGCUCACUCGCCUGCUAGUGGAAGCCUACCAUCGUCGUACUCUCCACGGAGGAGCUUAG